CCACAAUCAAUCACCACCUCUUGUGUUCUGUUCUGUUAGCAAAUAUUUGCAAAUAGAGCAAUUAGCAGCAAAGAAAGACCCGAAUAUUAAAAAAAAAAAAAUAAAAGGCCCAGAGAAGAGUCUGUUAUUGUGUGUGUUUAUCUCUAAAUCUAUAAUCUGGCUAAUGUAAAAGAAAAACGCAUUUGUCCCUGUCAUUGCUCAGCUCUAUCUCUGGUUAAAAUCAAAAAUCAAAUAUCAAAAAUCAAUCUAACCCUCGCCCACUCCCACUUUGUCCUUUUCGUCCUGGUAAAUUUUGUUUUGUGAAACUAAAAUUUAUUUUAAUAAUUUAUAAAAUUGGGAAAGUGUGUUUAUUAAAAUUCCAUUCCUGUUAAUUACGAAGCCGCUUUGGUUUUGAGGCUGCGAUCUCUAUGUCAGUAAUAGUAUCUCAUUGCCAGACACACAGAGACCCUAUUAGCACCCUGGGAUUGCAUGUUGGGUAUUCCGCAGAAGUCUGCUUGGGUGGUUUUCGUCCAUGGCCGUUAAGAAGGCUUACGAGUCCUUCUCCAAGAGCUUGAUCGACGAGGUCCAUAAAUGGGGUUGUUUGAAGCAGACUGGGGUCAGCUUGAGGUACAUGAUGGAGUUUGGCUCCAGACCCACCAACAGGAAUUUGCUUAUCUCUGCUCAGUUCCUUCACAAGGAGCUUCCCAUUAGGAUUGCCAGAAGAGCGAUUGAGCUUGAGUCCCUCCCUUAUGGCUUGUCUCUGAAACCUGCUGUUUUAAAGGUUCGAGAUUGGUAUUUGGAUUCCUUCCGUGACCUUAGAUCAUUUCCUGACAUCAAGGAUACAAAUGAAGAAAGAGAAUUUACAAAAAUGAUCAAGGCAAUCAAGGUGAGGCACAACAACGUUGUCCCUAUGAUGGCGUUAGGUGUUCAACAGCUGAAGAAAGGCAUGGAUCCAAAGAUUGUUUAUGAGGAUCUUGAUGAGAUUCAUCAGUUUCUGGAUCGCUUUUACAUGUCAAGAAUUGGCAUUCGAAUGCUAAUUGGUCAGCAUGUUGAGUUACAUAACCCCAAUCCUCCUCUUCAUUGUGUUGGUUAUAUACAUACAAAAAUGUCUCCUGUGGAGGUAGCCCGAAAUGCAAGUGAAGAUGCCCGAGCAAUUUGCUUACGUGAGUAUGGCAGCGCACCUGAUGUUAAUAUCUAUGGGGAUCCUGACUUUACUUUCCCAUAUGUCCCAACACACUUGCAUCUUAUGGUCUUUGAGUUGGUCAAGAACUCUUUGCGUGCCGUACAAGAGCGUUCCAUGGACUCAGAUAAGAUAGCACCUCCCAUUAGAAUAAUUGUUGCAGAUGGAAUUGAGGAUGUGACUAUUAAGGUCUCGGAUGAGGGGGGUGGCAUACCAAGAAGUGGUCUGCCAAAAAUUUUUACAUAUCUGUACAGUACUGCUAGAAACCCUCUGGAUGAGCAUGCAGAUCUUGGAAUAGCCGAUACUGUAACAAUGGCUGGAUAUGGAUAUGGGCUCCCCAUAAGCCGCUUAUAUGCUCGCUAUUUUGGCGGGGAUUUGCAGAUAAUCUCUAUGGAAGGAUAUGGGACUGACGCAUAUCUCCAUUUGUCCCGCUUGGGAGAUUCACAGGAGCCCUUGCCGUGAAUCUAGAGGACUGUUUCAUACAGUGGAGCUCUCUUCGAUUAAUGGGAAUAUAGGACGAUUGAAAAUUCCAUGCAUUGUAUUACCAAAGGGAUAAAUUUCUGUCAAUUUUUCAUGCUUUAGAAAUUGUCAGCUUUGUAUAUCCUUAUAUGCAUUAUGCACCACUAGGUGCAAGUGCAAUGAUUAUUCUAUAACGGCUUUGUUUUUCUUUUGCAAAAGUGCCAUUUCAUUUUCCAUGCUUCA